UGCGUUCAUUGAGGCGGGCUGUUUGCGGUGUUGAGCAGUGAGCGGAGUAUGCUAAUUUCCUGCACUUCCCCUCUCUAAAUCAAUGCCUUUUAUAGGCAGGACUGCCUUUUAGAGUUGCGCCUGCCUUGUGUCACUCACCAACCUGUGCUUCUUACAUAAAAUAUAGCCCAGAGCUGAUCAUCCAGCAACCCGGAACAUGGAGGCGCAGCUCCUCUUCAGCAUGAGCAGCUGAGUUCACACCGUCUGCACUUUUCUCAAGACGUUUGCUCAAAGUUGAAGGUUUCUGAUUGGACGGCAUGGGGAAUCUGAUCAAGGUUCUGACGAGGGACAUCGACAACAAUGCGGGGAACUUUUUCCUGGACUUUGAAAAUGCUCAGCCCACUGAGGCAGAGAGGGAGUUAUGGGAACAGGUGAACAAGGUUCUGAUGGAGGCCAUGAGUGUUUUAGAGGAUCUGCAGUCCUACAGUGGAGCUGGAGAAGCCAUUAGACAGGCCAUCCAGCAGCCGUCUAAUGAAAGUGUGCAAGAGAAAGCCUGGACUGCUGUGGUGCCGCUAGUGGGCAAACUAAAGAAGUUUUACGAGUUCUCUCUAAAGCUGGAAGGUGCCCUGCAUGGCCUGCUGGGAUUCCUAACGAGUGCACGCUGCAGCCCCACACAGCACUUGGAGCAGGAGCAGGCUCUGGCGCGCCAAUUCGCAGAGAUCCUCCACUUCACUCUGCGCUUCGAUGAGCUCAAGAUGACUAAUCCAGCCAUUCAGAACGACUUCAGCUACUACCGCCGGACCCUGAGCCGCAUGCGAAUCAACAACUUGGCAACAGAGGAAGAGAACGAAGUAAACAACGAACUGGCCAAUCGCAUGUCUCUGUUCUAUGCCAAUGCUACACCAAUGCUGAAAACAUUAAGUGAUGCCACAACGAAGUUUGUAUCUGAGAAUUCAGAUUUACCCAUAGAAAACACAACAGACUGCCUAAGUACGAUGGCAAGUGUGUGUAAAGUCAUGUUAGACACACCGGAGUACCGUAGCCGUUUUGCGAGUGACGACACAGUGUUAUUCUGCCUCCGUGUGAUGGUGGGAGUCAUCAUCCUCUACGACUACGUCCAUCCUGCUGGAGCUUUUGUCAAGUCCUCAAAAAUUGAUAUGAAAGGAUGCAUUAAAGUCCUGCGGGAUCAGCCACCUAACAGAGUAGAAGGUCUCCUUAAUGCGCUCAGGUACACGACAAAACAUUUGAAUGAUGAGACUACCUCCAAGCAAAUCAAAAACAUGUUACAAGUCUGACAGCAUCCACAAAACGGUACUUUUUGGAACGUGAUGAGGAUUUCAGCGCUCUUCUGAUGAGACUGCUUUAGUGGGAGUUUUUAAAUACAGAGAAAAUGGCCAUGUGUCAGGUGGCAGCUAUCGGGAUACACUGCUGUAUGAUGUGCUUAAUGCAACUCAGAAAAGGAGCUCCUCUGUCCUUUCUUUUUUAAAAAUUGUUUUAUUGCCCCUGUGUAUUUUUUUUUAAUGGUUGACAGAGUGCCAAGGCAGAAACAAAUAUCUGUUUAUGUAAUUUCAUUGUUAAAUGAUGGUUGUUUUGAUUGUUUUGAUAACUCUUUUUAACAAAAUAAAGAAGCUGUUUAAAUCGGU